AUGCUGGUGACCUAUUUGGAAGCCAGCCGUGACCUUUGCGAGACGGACUCAAUCAUUUUUGGCGCCGCACUGGCAGUAUGCCGUAUUAUUGGCGCCAAACUUCCCAUGGCUGGACGUGCUACUCAACAAGGUAGCGCCAUCCCAGCCUGGAGAAAAAGAAUCGAGGACCGUAUCGCAAAGGCAAGAGCCCUUAUCGGCAGACUGACAAGCUUCAGGUCGGGUAAUAAUAGACCGAGAGUUGUGCGCACCGUUAGAAUGGCGUUUGCUGGGACAAAUAUUAGUUUGUCCCAGCCGGAUAUCACGCAGAAACUAACGGAGCGCAUAGAUGACCUGAAGCAAAAAAUCGCUGCUUGGGGGAAGCAGAUUCGACGAUUUAGCGAGAGGUCAAGGCGGUUCAACCAGAAUCGUCUCUUCCAGAGUGAUCAGAAGAGGCUCUAUAAAUCAUUGGAGCGACCAGAGGUAUGUGGAGCGGGUCCAGGCCCGGAUCAGGCUGACACUGUCGCAUUUUGGCGUGGCCUGUGGUCAGAGCCCGUAAACCACAGCGAGGACCCUUGGAUGGAAGUUGUGGCGAGCCAGAGUGCAAGUGUUACGCCUAUGGACCCCGUCAACAUAACGCCUGAAGACGUGGCUGAGGCGGUCCGUAGGGCCCCGAACUGGAAAAGUCCGGGGCUCGACGGGCUGCAUCAUUACUGGUUGAAGGGGUCAGGCAAUACCAGGCCAAGGAUUGUGCGCACCGUCAGGAUGGAGUUUGCUGGGACAAAUGUUAGUUUGUCCCAGCAGGAUAUAAUGCAAAAACUGACGGAGCGCAUAGACGACCUUAAGCAAAAAAUCGCUGCUUGGGGAAAGCGAAUUCGGCGAUAUACCGAGAGGUCGAUACGGUUCAACCAGAAUCGUCUCUUCCAGAGCGAUCAGAAGAGGCUCUACAAAUCAUUGGAGCGAUCAAUAGUAAGUGGAUCGGGCCCAGCACUAAAUCAGGCCGACACGGUCGCAUUCUGGCGCAGCCUGUGGUCAGAGCCCGUAAACCACAACGAGAGCCCUUGGACGGAAGUUGUGGCGAGUCAGUGUGCGGGUAUUACGCCCAUGGACCCCGUCAUUAUAACGCCGGAUGACGUAGCUGAGGCGGUCCGUAGGGCCCCGAACUGGAAAAGUCCGGGGCUUGACGGGCUGCAUCACUACUGGCUGAAGGGGUUCAUGGUGUGUCACGCUGUGCUCGUCCGACAGUUUCAAGAGUCUCUCAACCAGAAGUCGCUCCCAAGCCUCUUCACUAUGGGUCACUCAUUUGGUUCCUAA